AUGAACAACACACAACAACAACAACCAUUAUGCCCUCGAUGGCCCGCCACCACAAAUGUGCAUCUCCACUCAGAUAGUGGACUGCCAACUCAACCUGCCCUCUGCUGCACCUCUGCCACUGGAGGUACUCCCGGAGCCCCUGUGGAACCACUGGCGGAAAACGAGCCAAUAACUGCGUCAGCAAACCCACCACUAAGUCAUCAAGACCCUGAGCCGGAGCACCACCCCAACCCGGAGCACCCCGCUCCCAAACCAACACUCGCAUCCACACUGGCCUCACUCGCCACGGAUACCGACUGGGUCACCGACGCAGUCGCCACACUCGGCACCACACUCUCUCCCGAAUCCGCCGAAGUCCACAAUCUCGGCCCCGCCUCCACGGCCUCUAGCUCUGCCACCACGGCCUCGAGCACCGCGCCCUCUCGCGCCACAACCUCUAGCUACUCAGUCCAUCUCACUCAUGGAACCGAAAAGAGCACACUAGAACACGCAACCAAAACUCAAAACAAACAUAAACUCACCGCGGAAUCUCUUGUAGCUGAAGGGGAUGAUACUAAGCCUAGCAAUUCUAACAGUCCUAAAACCGUCUAG